GGCACGGAAUUUCGCACAGCUUGGCACGUGACUCAUUCAACACUCAGACUUAUCUGUCUCGUCGCAAACAGAGUCGUGUUCACGCACGCCUGCCCCAUCGUAUGGCAUCGGAGAGAAGAUGGUGAUAUGGGGUUUAUGUGGGGAUCAUCGACUAUCGCAAGAGUCCGGUUUGCUCUGAUCGCUCUGUCCUUGAUGUCUCACUUCGUUGUAUUUGCUCCGUCGGUUGUCACUUCGCUUUUUUUGUUCUGUUUUCCACUGGUUCGUCAGUGCGAUGUUCCUUUCGAAAGUACUGUGCCGUGUUGCGCGCGUCCUGGGUGAACCUUGUUGUCCACCACAUUCAGUUGCGUAUGUGCCUUCUGACUACCUAAAUGCUGUUUAUUAUCCGCGAUACCAUCUAUCGUCCUUUGCUUCUCCCAAAAACCCUUGCUCCUGGCUGUCACGAGCUCUUGUCGAACAUGGCUGGAUUUCUAAUUCAUGCCAUGCGCGAUUUGCGGGAUGCGUUCCGUUUGACAGCGACUUGGUUGUAGCGACUCACCGAUCAUCAGGUUUCUUGUGUUCCGUCGGUUGGCUUCUGGUCAUUCUGUUGAUGUGUACUCGUGUGCUCUUGCCUCUCGACCGUUCACCCCAUCGCUUCCGGCACAGUCCUAUUGUGCUCGGAAACAAAUUAAGUAAUUUGUCAGCACCAUAUUUGGCUCGAUGCGCUGACUCCCUCCCUGGCGGUGGUGUUCGUCGUACGAAAGCUGCUAAUGUUCGUAUUAAAUUGCAACAUUUUCUUGACCUUCGUGCUCUUCCCCUCCCUUUAAUCCAGCCUAGGAGGUUGGCGCAAUUCGCUGAUGUUGGCCGACACCUGUUGCCUCUAUGGUAUGCAUACCUUGCUCAUGUCUAUGGUGAUGAGGUGGCCGCAGCACUCCGUCUCCCUCCUCGUCUGACGUAUGUUUCUCUCCUGUGUUCGGAUAAUACGAUCUCGUGGUCUACCUUUGAUCUCGCCGCUUUGACGAGGACAAAAGGUGGCGGAAGAUCACAGCAUCGAGGAGUGGCCGACAUACACUAGAGGCGCGAGAAGCGUCGGACGAAUUUUCAAGGACGCAUUACUCAACUCCACUGGCGGCCAUUGCUUUUGACGGCGCAAUAAUCGGGCCAGGAGGAUACGGUCGACACCUCAAAGGCGCUCUAGUGCAGGUGUACGUCGCACUAAGACACACCAGGGGCGAAAGGAUCAGCACGUACAGAGCCAAAAUCACAGCCAUGAGAGUGCUGGCACUGCCCCACGGAUCAUAGAAGGAAACCCGCCGAUGUAUGGUG